AUGCACGCCAACGCUCUUAGUCCAAAUCUUUCUCCUUCCCCUCCCUCCCUCUUCGGAGUAGCCCCGGACGGCUGUUUCACCCGCCACCUCUUCGACAUCCGCAUUCGCCUCCAGGCGGCGAACCAGCGCACCCCCUUUACCUUGUCCAGGCGGACCCCCAACCAGCAUCGUCGCCCAUGGGUCUGGAUCUGGUGAACAUACUUUGGCCACCCUCCCCCAAAGUGGGACCACGCGGUGAGAAAGACGAGGAAACUUCUCCCUCAAGAUUGGAUCCGCUACUUUGAAGCCUGGGCGUCGGUGACAACGCUCAAUCCUCCCGAACUUUCCAAGAGCCAGAACCUCGAGCGAUGGGUGACACACGUUCUCUUCUUCCCGGCGGGCCACGGAAUCGAACUCUCAGUGAACCCGACGCUCUUUCGAGGGCCCGAUGGCGAGGUGAUGGCUCCUUCUUCGUUUGUGAACGCGACCAAACGCCACCACGCUUUCCUCUACCCUCCUAUCCUCCCCAAGGUACACCAGAAGGUUUUCUCUCUGCCAGAACAACGUUGGAACGCAUGGUGGAAGACCUUGCGCAAGGUUGGCAGGGUUCACUCGGACGCUGAGGAUAGUGCCCAUCUCCUCUCCUUGGGAUCCCUCCAUCCAGGUAGCCAAGUUGCAUCUUCAAACAGCCCACACCCCAACAAUCGAUCUGCCUCCUGUGUGAUGUGCCUCUCGGAAGCACCCGAGUCUCUGGCUCACCUUGCGGUCGGCUGCCCAUUUGCCCGCCGUCUCUGGUCAGCUCUCUCUCAGGCGCCUCACCCCGACUUCGUUGCAUUCGUGUGUCCAGUUGUCUCCCGCUCGGAACGCCGACUUGUCGAGCUACGUCUCCUCUUCUUCCACUCGAUCUGGAAGCUCUGCCGCCGCCGCCGAUUCUCGUCGGAUCCUUUGGAACCGAUCACCGAAACGACACUCGAGGAGCUCCGGGCGUCUAUCCAGGAGUCUAAGGGUCGCCUUGUGUCUCUGUAA